ACUCUUCGUGCUUGACAUGAAAGAGUGCCUCGACACUCUUUUCAGAUAAAAGCAGGAAUUGAGCUGAGAUUACCAUCAUCUGUUAUGUGAUCAGUUUAUAUCAGCUUGAAUGGAUCUUGCCAUCAUAGCAAAGUGAGAUGGGAGAUGGAAAAAUUAAGUUUGACGGAUCAAACACUACUGAGAAAGGACUCUUUUCCAACAUGAUGUACGGAUUUUCCGAAUAUUCAUCGGCCGGAUAUCCACCUCAAGGCCACAGUGGAUAUCCACCGCCACAUGGAUACCCUAUGGGGCCUGGUUCUUAUCCUCCACAUGGAUACCCGUCACAUUUAUCAGGUCCUUAUCCUCCAUACCCGUCACAUGGAUACCCGUUGGGAGGUGUAACACAUAUGUCAGGUCCUUAUCCUCCAUAUGGCUAUCCUCGCCCUCCUGGUCCACCCCCUCCACGGUAUCAUGGAUAUGGACAUGGCUCUACCGUAGGGUCAAUGCUGGCUGGGGGAGCAGCAGGUUACGGGGCUCAUCACCUGUUGUCGUCGCAUGGGCACCAUCACCAUCAUUUCCCCGGGCAUGGAAUGUACCAUGGCCACCCUGGUCAUCAUGGCAAGUUCAAGCAUGGCAAGUUCAAGCGUGGCAAGUUUUGGAAGCAUGGAAAGUUCGGUGGCAAGUUUAAGAAGUGGAAGUGAUCUAUCUGUAAGGUUGUUCCGAUGACUGAACUGGUUGUGCUUGCUGUGGCUUUUAUCUUGAGAGGAGGGAGGGUCUGCUCUUGUUUGUGUGAUAUGAAUGUUGCAGCUAUCAUCGUCUGCAAACACUCUACUCUGAGACUACUGGUGUUAUCUAUCCUUCCACAACUCUGUUGCUGUUGAGUAGUAAUUUACACAUAAACAUAUAGUACCUGUGUCAUGGUUCCAUGUUCUUCGCUUUGACGUGGAAAUCAUUUCUUCUUCUUU